UAACACAGGGUUACACUGCAUUACAUCUCGCUGCAAUGCAUGGACAUGAAGACAUAAUAGAACUUCUAGUCUCAACUUACAAAGCUGAUGCCAAUCUCCGAGAUUACAGUGGAAAGAAAGCUAAACAGUAUUUAAGAAAUACUGCCUCUACUAAAGCUCAACGUUUAUUUGGAAAUGACAUUAAUGUAAUCGCAAUGGGAGAAUUGUUAUUAUCAAGAAAAUUGGGAUCAUCACUUGGCUCUGUUCGAUCUUUGGACGAUUCUUUUACAAGGAGCGCUUCUUUUAGAAGAAGCAAGCAGGUAAAGGCUAUCAGUAGUCUCAUCCAGGGUUCCUCUUCAGGGGUCAAGGCUAUGUUUAGAACAACGUGGGCAGGAUCAGCUGAUGAUUUAAUUCGUAACCGUCAGUCUCGCUCUCGAAGUCCAAACUCUUCCACACCAGGAAGUGGAAAAUCCUCUCCAAGUCCUCAACGAAGGGAAACGUUUGCAAGUAGAUCAGUCGAUAGGGAAUUAAUGCCACCUCCAUCUGCUCCAGUAAGGAAGAGGCGCGAAGCUCAGUCAGGUAGUGAUGGAAACCUUGCUACCGAAGAUAUAACAAGAACGAUCUCGGAGCCCUCUCUCAAUAGUGGAAGAUUACCAAAGACCUACAUAUGAAAGUAGUUCGAAGGAAAUUGCUUUCUACGUUCAAGUACCACAAAAAUAAAUAUUAAUUUGAAGUAAAAUGUUUUCUACUUACAAGUUCCAUUUACAUCAUUCAUGGCAUUAAAAAUAUUUUGCGUGUAAUACUGUAUAUAUAUGCAUAAUUAUCAUUUCAGAAAAAAACAAUUUUGAUCCAUUUUAUUGUGCAAUAUUGAUGAUCUUUAAAAAGUGAGUUCGUAGUUGACACAACAUUUCAUUAUGACUAGAAUAUGUAGAAAAGUGUAUUAAUUUCCCUUUUAUGUCAUGCAAUUAUAUAACUUUAUAUAUACACAGUCUGUACAAGUUCAGUUCAAACAUCAGCUUAGACAUUGGCAUUCAAAGCAAACUACCACACUGUAGUAUUUUCAUUGUUUAUAUAUUUUAACUUUUACUUGUUAUUUUGUUUUUACUCAAUGUUGACAAUAAAAAAGAAGUAGCUAA